CUCCCGUGUCUCCGCCACUGACUGGUGCUGGAUUGGGUUACCCCAUAUUAAUAUUCCUAGUCAUAGGGGGCGGCCCUGGUCAUAGAAGUACCGAGGUUCUAGUCGAUUGUGCCAAUAUGAGCCUCGCUUUGGCCUCGCUGGUCUGAGUUUGUUUGCCUCAGUAAACGGAGACGCGAAAUAGGACUUUAUCCAUCGUUGCUCCGCUUUCUAGUGCAUCCGUGUCAGUGGAAACAAGCAUGACAUCCUCCGUUAGGCAGCUCUUCGGCGGCGCCAUUACAGUAACUCUUCCAAGUAGCGUUAUCGAUGCGUCUGAUCUACGCGAAGUGCCGGAUACCCAGGAAGUAUUCCUCUAUCCUGAUUCGAGUGUCAGCAUCAUCGUCGAUGUGCUGCAAAGAGUAGAAGCCGAGAACUUCGCAGAUGCCGCCAGGUUACAUUUCGCCUCUCUGGCGCACGACAAUGACGCCGAGAGCAGCACCGUGCAUGACGUUGGCAUAAUACCUAACGACCGCGGGGAUAAUACACCAUCACCGGUCGUACUGUACGGCACGCAAAGUGUCAAGAAGUUCAAUCAGACGGUACCGGACGAAGUUCGGAUUUUACUGGCGCUUUACCGUGUCAAGGACAAGAAUGUGGAUCUCCUGCUGACCUGUAAUGUACCUGUGCGGGCAGUUGACCAGGGAGCUGUGGGAGAAGAAGGAUUCACGGCUGCGAAAGGAGAUUUCGAUCGUGCUGUGCAAACAUUGCGCAUCGUAGACUUCGGAUUGUUUGCGUAGAGAUGAAACAGAAGUGUAUCACGUUGUAUUUUUGUGUAUUCCUAAGUUCAAGGGAUAUUCUCGCGUUUUCUCUUCC